CUUCCAAAACCACCAAGAAUUUUUCCUUUUAAACACGCCCCCGGAUAUUACGUUUCCAUGACGUAACAACACCCGGAAGUUCCAUCGGCGUCAACCAACUGCUGGACUCCUUUAGCCGAGUGUUCCUUAAUAUUAAUGAUUGUCAAAUGUGCAGCUUAUUUUUCCUUCAUUGUAAUUCCUACAUAUAUGAGUUAACUUUUGGAGCCUAUACAUUAUCUAGCCUGAGCUUGUUAAAUGUUAGACAAAGCGUAUCUUCCGGCUGUUGCUAACACGGCAGCUAACGCGGCUAAAGCUAAUAUAGUGUUGACAUAACAUUACGUUGACGACGAUCCUCUUGUCUUGUCGCCUGUUAAGUCAAUAAUAACAAAUACAUUACUUUUUACAUUGUAACCCGCGUGUAUGAUUACAAAUGGGGCAGCAUAUGACCUACAACAACAUAUAAAAUACAGUCAUUUAGUUGUCUGCCUGCCACGACUGGCAUGCGCGGGAUGAUGGGGAGCCAGAGCAGUCCUGUCAAGACUUAUGACUAUCUUCUCAAGUUUCUUCUGGUGGGAGACAGCGAUGUUGGUAAGGGAGAGAUCUUGGACAGUUUGCAGGACGGCUCUGUGGAGUCUCCCUAUGCCUACAGCAGUGGAAUCGAUUACAAGACAACAACAAUACUGCUGGAUGGAAAAAGAGUAAAACUGGAGUUAUGGGACACAUCUGGGCAGGGGAGAUUCUGCACCAUCUUCAGGUCUUACUCCCGAGGGGCACAAGUGAGGACGACAGAUCAUUUGGGGUGUUUUUACAUCAAAUCUAUACUGUGUACUAAGACUUUCCUCCCACAGGGCAUUUUGCUAGUCUAUGACAUCACCAACGGUUGGUCAUUUGACGGCAUUGACCGCUGGAUCCGGGAAAUUGAUGAGCAUGCCCCAGGUGUGCCCCGGAUCUUGGUUGGCAACAGACUUCACCUGGCUUUCAAGCGGCAGGUUCCAACGGAGCAAGCGAGGGCUUAUGCGGAGAAAAACAGCAUGACUUUCUUUGAGGUCAGCCCUUUGUGCAACUUCAAUGUCAUCGAAUCGUUCACAGAACUCUCACGAAUUGUGCUCAUGAGGCACGGGAUGGAAAAAUUCUGGAGGCCCAACAAAGUUUUCAGCCUCCAAGAUCUGUGCUGCCGUUCAAUCGUCUCCUGCACGCCCGUGCACCUCAUCGACAAACUGCCUCUGCCCGUGUCCAUCAAAUCCCACCUGAAGUCUUUCUCCAUGGCCAACGGCAUGAACGCGGUCAUGAUGCACGGACGCUCCUACUCGGUGGCUCACAGCGCGGCGUCAUGCAGCAGUAACGGGGGAAGCAAGGUCAGCAGUAUCAAACGCUCAAAGUCCUUCAGGCCUCCACAGAGUCCGCCUAAAAACUCUUCCUCCCCCUCCUCCUCCUCCAAGGGGAACUGUAAAAUAGCGUAGUGAAAGUGCGGUCUCAGGCCAGUGUUUACGAUGGGAAACGAGCUACCUACAAUAUCAGAGAUUAACGCUACCAUUUGGCUUAGUUUCUGUUUUCUUUGCACUUCUUGCUGCUGCCAUCUGGUGGAGGGCGCUGUAAUAACACUUACUGAAAAGCCAAACAAUGGACACAGACGAGCAGCACAUUUUUACUCACUACAAAUCAUGGGAGCCACUUUAACUCCUUUUUUGGAGAGAAAGUUGAUUCGUUUUUCUUAAUAUUUAAAAAUACUCUCAACUAUUUUAGAUUGUUUCCUAGUGAUUGUUAUUAUAAGGAAGUCCUUAUGCUCGUUUAGUACUGACUAUGAUUUACAAAGUGUCUUAUGAAUCUCAUCAAAAGCCCAACCUCUGCAACUUUCACAUUGAAGUUAAAUUCAAAUAGAAAUAUUCAUAUUGAUUGUCAGGAAUUGCACUGAUUUAAGCAAACAUGUGCAUUAGUUUAUUUACCAUUGGACAUUUUUAGCCCAUCAAUCAAAAGGAUAUUGACCAUAAACAAUAUAUUUGCUUGGUGCUGAUGAGGUAACUAACAUGUUUUUCUCUAUCUUGGUGGAUGAAUGAACACAUUUUUUUUAACAGGAUUGUUUGCAUUUUGAAUAUUUUAUAAAUGCUAUGUAUUUAUGAAUGUACAACUCUAAAGUCUUCUACUUUUCUGUGGCCAUAUAGCAAGCGGUGGAAUGUGUUGAAUAUUUGUGUUUCACAACCUCCUCUGGACAGGGUUGGGUUCUGUUGACAUCUGGUCAAUAUUUUACGUCGCAAGACACGCACAAAUGAUUGACAAGACGUCAUAAAAAGAGCACAUUGCUUUUUUUGUUUGGAUCCGAAUGAUUAAAUAAACAACAACGAUAUUGGCAUCCUUUAUUCAUUAUUUUAUGGAUGGUUUUGUGUAAAUAGGUUUUUAGUCAGGUCAUGAAGGGAAUACAGGUCAACUAAUGCAGUGAUUGGUACGCCAAAUAAUCACUUAAUUAAAGUUUCCAACACAGUGUUACUGUUUCAUUCAUUUUCAGUCAUUAUUUAUUUAUUUCAGGCAAUGACAUAAAAAGUAAAAAGUUG